AUGGAGAAGAAGCAGGAUGAGAUAUCAGGAAGCUGGUUCAAGAUCACAGUUCCAUUCGGCAUAAAAUAUGAUGAGAAGUGGUUGCUGAAUUUGAUUCAGAAGCAAUGCAGCACCCCCUUUACUCCAGUCAAAUUUCACUAUGAGAAAAUGCAGGCCCACUUCUUCGUUGAGAAUGCCAGUAUUGCCUUUGCAUUGAAGAAUGUUAGUGGCAAGAUUUACGAUAAUAAUAAUGAGAAGAUAUCUAUCUUUGUCAUCCCUUCUAAUGCACCCCAGGAUGUGCAGGAGGAGCUGAAGUCAGAAAAGGAGGAUCAGGUAAAGGUGAAGUCAGCAGAGGAAUUGGACCAGGGAAAAAAGCUGGAGCCAGAAGACAUGAAUGCAAAAAGAAACCCCUCAUGCACCACCUUACCAGAUAAUUCAACCAACGUAAGCUCCAUCCUGGAAUUGUUCCCCAAAUUAUUAUGCCUGGAUGACCAGGAGCCUCCCCCACCAACUAAUUUUGAGAUUGAAGCCCACAAGAAUGUACCAUCCUGCAAGGGAAGUUUCUUUGGAUCUGACCCACUGAAGAGUCUAGUCUUGCAAUUUCUGCAGCAGUAUUACUCUAUCUAUGACUCUGGAGACCGGCACUGUCUCCUCUGUGCUUACCAUGACACGGCCUGCUUCUCCCUGACCAUUUCUUUCAACCCCAAGGACCCAGCCCCAAGCAGCUUGUUUGAGUACUUCAAGGAUAACAGGAAUAUGAAGAACCUCAAGGACCCCAACCUGCAUUUUCAGCUGCUGAAACAUACAAAACGUGACAUUACAUGCACCCUCUGUAUGUUGCCCAAAACUCAGCAUGACCUGAGCUCCUUUGUGGUGGACAUGUUGUUCCAGUCGGAAAAGAUGCUCUGCUUCUGUGUCAAUGGGGUGUUCAAGGAAGUGGAAGGAAGGUCUCAGGGCUCUGUGCGUGCCUUCACCCGGACUUUCAUCACUACCCCUGCCAGCGAUUCCAGUCUCUGCAUCAUGAAUGAUGAACUGUUUGUGAGGGACGCCACCCCCAACACAACUCAGAGUAUGCAUCCCAUAGAAGUGCCUACACCCACCACCAGCUCCAUGACCACCCUCUCCCAGGAGCAGCAAGAAAUGGUGCAAGUUUUCUCCACCAAGUCUGGAAUGAGCCUCCAGUGGUCUCAGAAGUGUCUUCAUGAUAACCACUGGGACUACACGAGAGCUGAACAGGUGCUCACUCUGUACAAGGACAAGUACAAGAUCUCAGAGGAGGCCAUCCCACAGGCUGAUCCCGGAUCCUAA